GUGGGGAUUUCUGGUGUAAUAACCGGCAGGGAGCGGCGGAAGCGUGCCAGUAACCGAAGAGGAGUGCUAAGCGCCCUGCCUCUGGCCGCUGGGCUCCCCGCUCGGAGUGGGUCGCGCAGCUUGCCUCGGGGCCGGUCCCGCCGCCGCCCCGCUCCGCUCCCGCUGCCGCGGCGGGCCGGGCCGUGCGGUGCCGUGCGGUGCCGUGCCGGGCGGCUUCCUCUAGCGCGGAGCGGCGGCGGCAGAGGGUCGGCGGCGGUUGGAAGCGGGGCCAGAACCAUGGAGGCGGCAGCCGACUGCCUCAGCCCGGCCGCCCGGGAGCAGGCUGAAGCAAGACUCGCAGCAAAGCGAGCAGCGAGGGCAGAGGCACGGGAAAUCCGAAUGAAGGAACUGGAGAGGCAACAGAAAGAGAUUGAGGAAAGACCAGAAAAAGACUUUGAGAAGGGAGCACGUACAGUCUCAAGUUUAUCAGCAGCUACUUUAGCUUCUCUGGGUGGGACUUCUUCACGAAGAGGCAGUGGGGAUACAUCCAUCUCAGCUGACACAGAGGCGUCUAUUAGAGAAAUAAAGGACAUCUAUGAGUUAAAGGACCAGAUUCAGGAUGUAGAAGGCAAAUACAUGCAGGGACUGAAAGAACUGAAGGACUCUCUAGCUGAAGUUGAAGAGAAAUAUAAAAAGGCUAUGGUGUCAAAUGCUCAACUAGACAAUGAAAAAACAAAUUUCAUGUACCAAGUAGAUACCCUGAAGGAUGCACUUUUAGAGUUAGAAGAACAGCUGGCAGAAUCCAGACGGCAAUAUGAAGAAAAAAAUAAGGAAUUUGAGAGGGAGAAGCAUGCUCAUAGCAUAUUACAGUUUCAGUUCAUGGAAAUCAAGGAGGCUUUGAAGCAAAGAGAAGAAAUGCUUGCAAAACAUGGAAUAAUCCCAGACUCUGAAGUAGCCACCAAUGGGGAGACAUCAGACAUUAUUGAUAAUGAAGGACGCUUGGAUUCUUCCAAAACUGUUCCAGGCACAGCUCAGACAUUAAAGACAGGAGGGGAUGGGAUGCUAGGCAAAGCAGAUGAAGUGGACGUGAAAAAUGAGAUUUUGGAGGAUAUGGGGAAAAGAGAAAUCUUGCAGAAUACUGAGCAUGAGGAAUGCAAAGAGGAGACUGAGGAGCAGGAAGUACAGGCAUUGCAUGCUGAUGAAAAUGCAAAGGCAGAAAAAAUGGUUGAAGAAUGUGAUGCCCUGCCAACAGCGAUGUUACCUGAUAAGUUUGCAGAACAAAUUAAAAGUCUUACAGAACCUUUGUCAGGGAGCACUUCUGCAAAUGAUAGUAAUGACACAGAUGAUUUGAGAACGGAGACCAAGUCCGCAGGCACAGCAGUCCAACAGCCUGUUAGUACAGAGGCUGAAGACCAUGACUUAAAUGCAAAGACAAAUCAGAGCUCAGAGGUGGACUCUCUGCAAGGCCAUCAGAUUUUUGAGACUCCUCAGGAAAUGCCUAGUGACUUAGGUACAGGGCAUGAACUGGAAAAACCUGCACCCGAACAGGAAGAACAAAAGGAUUUCAAAACUAGCCAUGUCCCGAGUGAUAAUGAUGAAACAGAUCAAGAAGCUGACAUUAGAAGUGAGAGCUGUGAGUUGGUUUCUAACCAGGGAGGGCUAUCAGAGGUUACAGAAGCAGACUUGCCUAGCGAUGUGGUAAAUGUGAAGAGUCUUGGUGAGGGCCUCCAGGACAGUGAAGAAAAUGCUGAAAACAAGGUUACAAGGGUCUUGGAGGAAAAGGUUGUUGAAAGCAAAGACUGCACUGAUGGAAGAAUUGAUAAAACAGGAGGUGAUAGAGCUGAAGAAGAAAAUGAAGUUGGGAACACAGUUCAGGGUCAGAUGAGGGAAACGGAGUCUGUGCAUUUGGAGGGGACAGAGCCAUGUGAAAGUGGUGACCCAGCAGGAACAAUUGAAAAGGAAAGUGGAGGAGAUCAGGCACACAUCCAACCAGUUUCUUCAGAGGACAGUCCUUCAGCGUCAACAGAGGAACAAAAUAAGCAAGAUAAAACUGAACUUGAAAAUGCUAAAUCUGAGAAGGACAGGAAGAAGAAAGAAUUAACAGAAGAGUUGGAGAUGUGUUUGGAUUCUGCAGAAACAGGCGAGCAAGAUGAGGCAUCUGUGGAGGCUGUAGGCUGUAUUACUGAGCUAAAAGGAAGUGUGCUGCAGCAGGCAGAGUCAGACAUGGGUGUUGUGAAAGAGGUGAUAACUCGGGAAGCCAGUUCAGACCCAAGUCUUCCAGAUGACAAAAUUAAUGACUCAGAAUUGGAAGCAGGGGAUAAGUCUGGGAAAGGAGAGGACAGUGGGAUAGAAUGGGUAGAAGAUCAAACAAUUCAGUGUAGUGAAGAAACAGCAGGUGAUACAGUGGGAGAGAAAAGUACUGGUUUAGAAACUGAAAUGCAGAAUGUAGUUAAACAAGAAGGUGAACCUGAAAAGAAGUCAAAUGUGGAUGUUAGUGUAACUACUGAAAAUAAAGUUGAUGAAACCCUGAAAGGAAACCUGCAAGAGUUAGAGCUUGCAGACUGCCAUGGUGUUGGAUUUGCUUCUGUAGAAGAUGCAAAUAAUUCUCUGGCACAGGAAGUGGAACAAGGUGAAAAUGUUAGUGAACAAGUUAAAUUGGAGGGUCCAGCAGAGGAAAGCCCAGAAGAUGAUGGUGAUUCAUUUGAUUUUGAUGAAGAAUCAAACCAGAUACUAGUAAGUGAUGCAAAAUGUGAUGAAGAGAAAGAUGAUACACAGAAGGAAGAGUGUGAUAGAGCCAAUGAUGCUGUUGGAAAAACUGCCCAAACAGAUGAGGCUGGAGAAAGAACAGACAAAAUAGAAACCAAAGAUGCCUUCAUUGAAGAUGACAGCUGGCAGCGUAAAACGGGAGAUAAGCCUGAAGAAACAGGGUGCUUGCAAGGGGAAGCAUCAUGGAAAACUGAUGAGAAGACUGAUGUGAUGGAAGAUGAACUCAAAGCAUCAGAUCCUAAUGAAGAGAAAAAAAUAACGGAUGAAAAUGUUUCGGAACAGGAUUUGGAAAGUGCUGGCAAUAACAGGGAUCAAAGCAAGGAGGAUUUGCAGGGUAGUAGAAGGGGUAAGGGUAAAUCCAGAGAUGACUGUGCAAUAUCCUAAGUUCAGAUUCUGAAGAUUACAGGAGUUACAUGCCAUCUGAUCAGUCCUAGUACAGAAACAUGCACUUUGCACAAUACAUCAGACCUUAGUAAUACUAUUAAAGUUUUUUUCCUUAUUGGUAACUACCAUAAUACAAUGUUAUGUAAGUGGUAAUGAUGUAAGUAUUAAGUUGUUCACUGAUGUGCCUAGCCACAAAAAAAAUCACGUGCAGGUUUGGUUUUGCUGUGUCUCAGGUUAAAAGCUUAUCACCAAAAGAGCAAGCUUCACAAAGCAACUAUUCAAACUCUCCUGUGAUUAAAGUAUUUUCAAUGUGGAUAACUACUACUGAAGAAUUUCCAUAGGAAAUUAUUUUUUUCCAAGUCUAGAUAAUAGAUGUUUUGAAUGUACUUAUGUGCUUUGGACCUUUGUGAACUUUUGUGCAUACUUAUGUGGACUUAUACACAUGAGAUCCACAGCAAGUACAUUAACACUUCAUGAAGGAACACAUUAGAUCAGCAAAACUGAUCUGAUAUUGAAACUUCUUUCUGAAUAAUUGAAGUCUUAAGAACCAAUUAAAUUUUUUUUCUGUGGGAAAAAUAAUACUGUCAUUCCACUUUGUGUGCAUUUCUAAUAUGGUCAUAUUCCAAAAUAUAGUUAGAUCACUGCAAAUCUGUUUAGUUAAAACACUUCGAAGAAAAUGUACAGUUUGAGGAUAGUGGAACAUACAGGUCUUAGUUUGCUGAAAGGAAUAAAUACAUAUAAAUGUUUACUUCAUCUACGCACUUUGCACCACAGUAAGCCUUAUACACCAUGUCUGCCAUGAGUUUUUAUUUUUUCUGAAGACAUUGUCAAUACACACAGUAAUGUGUGUUUGCUAUCAAGUAUUGUCUAACUAUGAAUAUAUAAAAUAUAUAUUUUUCCAAGAAGAUAUUUGUUUAAAGUUACGUUUCCUUACUGCACUUUUUUUUUUUGGUAAGCUAUGAUUCUGAAAAUAUGUUUUUAUCUCUCUUACCUCUCCUUUCUGGAAAGAAGAUAACUUUGCAUGUUUUAAUUCAUGUUGGAUAUCAGACCAAAGAUAAGUGCUAUUCUGUGUACUGGCCCUUGUGCCUUUUUGAAAGGCUGGAUUGCUUUGAGCUGCUGGCAUAAGUUAGACACUCUGAUUCUGCUGGUAUAGUUCUUCUUGCAUCUUUGCUAGUGCUUGGGAAGAAGAGCAUGUUUUUCAUACAAAACAACUUUAAAUGAAUUUUUAAGGAAUGAACAUCCUAAGGGAAUGCAAACUGAGAAAUUGGGGUGGGAUAUGAAAGGCUGUAUUUGGAUUGUUGUUACAAAGUUGAUGGGAGUACAAAAUAGACUGCAAAAUUUCAAGAUGUAUAUCAAAAUGUACUGAGCUGUAUAUAAUUGAAAUAAACAUAUUUUAUUCUUAAAA